AUGACAAGCACGAACCCCAAUCCAUCCUCGCGCUUCGAAUCCGCACCCUACAUCCCCCCCGACCGAAUCUUCGAACUGACCGCGCAAUACCUCUCCGACCCAGCCAGUCCCAAAGUCAACCUGGGGCAAGGCACCUACUGCGACAGCAAUGGCCAGCCCUGGAUCCUGCCCGCCGUGGCCGCCGCGCGCGACCGGCUGGCCGCCACGGGACUGAACCACGAAUAUCUCCCCAUUCUCGGCCACCCGGUGUUCCGCACCCUGGCGCCGCGUCUCGCCCUGGGCUCCGCGCUCCACGCCACCCUCUCCUCGCAGAUCGCCACCUGCCAGGCCCUGUCCGGAACGGGGUCUCUGCAUCUCGCCGGGGUCCUGCUCCGCUACCUCCAAUCCCAGACCUCGCCCACCUCACCCUUACCCAAAGUCUACAUCCCGACCCCCACCUGGUCGAACCACCACCAGAUCUUCACCUCCCUCGGCUUCGAAGUCGCGACCCUCCCGUACUACUCGGCCACGACGCGCUCCCUUGCGCUGGAACCCUACCUCGCCACGCUGGCCGCCGCCGAGCCCAACAGCGUCGUCAUCCUGCACGCCUGCGCCCACAACCCCUCGGGCUGCGACCCGAGCCUCGCGGAAUGGCGGCAGAUUGCGCAGACUGUCAAGGACCGACACCUCUUCCCGCUCUUCGACGCGGCGUACCUCGGGUUCAAUUCGGGGGAUCUCGACCAAGAUGCCGCGGCGAUUCGGCUGUUCGCGGGCGAGGAGUUCGGACUCGAGAUCGGGGUGUGUAUGUCGUUUGCGAAGAAUAUGGGGCUUUAUGGCGAACGCACGGGCUGCUUCUUCCUGACCACCCACCAGGAAACGACAGCCCGGAAUACGGAGUCGGUGUUGGAGGUGCUGCAGCGGCGCGAGGUGUCGAAUCCGCCCGCCUACGGAGCGAAGAUUGCGGCGCUGAUUCUGGGCGACGAGGGGCUCACGGAGAUUUGGAAGGAGGAUUUGCGCACGAUGAGUGGGAGAAUUCGCGAGAUGAGAGAGCGCUUGGUGGAGGGGUUGGUUCAAUUCGGUGCACCGGGCGACUGGGAGCAUUUGGUGCGUCAGACUGGCAUGUUUGGCUUCCUCGGGCUGGAUGAGGAGGUCGUGAAGGAGCUUCGAGAGGAGGAUCACAUCUACAUGGCGGAUAAUUCACGCGUAUCCAUUGCCGGAUUGAACCCGGGAAAUGUUGAGUAUGUGGCCAAAGCCAUUGCAGAGCGGCUGCGGAAGCGCAAUGCUUAGAGAAGAGUCCUGA